AUGGAGGCCGACAUCGCUCGCAUGGUCGUUGACCUCGGUGUCGCCACACGCGACAUCGUGUCAGCACCUGAGGAGCGCGGUGGUGGACGACGAGGCGGCGGCGGCGAUUGGAGAGCCGAGGAGCGCGCGAUGAAGGCAGCACAGGCGCAUCGAGAGCAAGCACGCUCUGGGCCAGAAGACAAUGCGAGGGCACAAAUGCUCAAGAAGUGGAACACGGAGGAAACGUUCGGCAGCGACGCAUCGCUCGAAAACCGCAUGGACGGUCAAGGCCAUCGUGCACGACUCGAGGAGCAGUUCUCAGAACAACAGGCGAGAUGCCAUGACCGCCCUCCUCGUAACAACUACCGCCACGGCUCGAACGAUCUUCCACCCCCAGGACGAGGCCGGCCAAGCGAGCAGGAUAGAACUCCACGCAACUUCGACUUCGCCGCUCUUCCUCCACCACGCACAGCACCUGCACCCGAUCCGAACCGCGUUCGCGCACCAUCUCCUCGAGCAGCCGGCAGAGUUCGCUUUCAAAACGGCCAGCGGGUCACUUCGUCCACAACUCCAGCAUCCACAGCCGCACCGCCUCCUCGCGCGCUCGCCGCAAUGCGACCCAGCAUGCCGACUCAGCUUCCAACUGGUCGACCUUCUCUUCCCGACGCACAACCUACACAAGCUCCACGCCCCUCGGCACCAGUCCCUUUGCCGACACAAACUACUCGUCCUGCUCCGGCAGUGAGUGCGCCCUCUCGACCGAUCGACGCUCCCCAGCCAGCUCGGACACGCGCGACACCCAUGCUUUCUGCGCCCACUUCCCCGCCUCUCCCUCGAACUGCCGUCACUGCAGCAGCUCCAGCAGCAGCGUUGCAGAUUGGGACAGAUCCGAUAUCACAAUCUCGUCUAAUGUUGGCGAGAAACUACAUCGAAGCCCCAAGUCAGCUGACUGAGGAUUACUACAACAAGCAGCUCGACGAAGCAAUAUACGUCAAUCAAGCUCGCAAGGACUUGGUUAAGGAGGCUGUCGAGUGUGUUCGUGACGGGACGAAGGAGGCAUACAUCAGCACGCAUCCACCUCGCAAGUGGAUGGUCAAGAUCGCAGAGACAGCUCUCAAUCGUGGAGAUCCUGGAUCAGGUACUGCCCUCACUCGUCUGACUGUGCUGGCAAUCAUCCGUGCAGCAAUCGAGCAUCUCUCCGCCCCAAGCACACCUGCACUUCCUCCAUCCGCACCUGCAGCUACAGCACCACAGCGUCCUCAGAGUUCCGUUUCAACUGCUGCCGCAGCACCAGCUUCAGCACCAACACCGUCAACCACCAACUCACGAGCCCAGCCUCGUCCGACUCAGGCCCCGCCAACUCUGAGGGACAUGGUCAGAGACUGUGGGGAUCUUGCUGUUCAGCAAGUGGCAGCAUCGAGACGCGCAGAAGGCUCUCAGAUUACCUCUUCCAUCGGUGCUGCCGAUGGCACGCCAUCUCGUCGUGACAGUGCCAUCGACCUCAACAGCCCAGGUACUGCUCCUCGUGCUCCUGCUGCUGCCCGGGCUCCUGCUGUCGCUCCUCAUACAGCAGUGCUUGCUCCUCAAGGUGCGCCAACUCGUGGUGGCAUGCUCACAGCGACAUACCAGGAUGUCAACGGUACCACCCUCAACCAGCGUCAGAUCCUAGUCGAUGCUCCCGUCGUGGCCAAUGUCACCUUCACAUCCACGAGACAUCACUAUGACCCACGCCAGCUCAUCCACGCAGUGGAGGCGCUUGCACAGGAAAUGGCUGACCGUUCUAUGGGCAACUUCCGCCGCGCGAACGAUGGACUAUGGGCUGAGGCUGAGGCGCUUGGUCUGAUGGACUAA